AUGCCCGCUGGUAUGUUCAGUAUCGACAGUAUCCUGGCCGGGAGACCCACUUGCAAGGACUCGGUUCUCCUCCAUCGGAAUCCCCCAGUGGUGUUCUCUAACCUCACGGAUUCCAUCUACACUGCUACCGAUUACAAUGGACUCUACUCGCACGCAACUGGACCUUCUCCCCCGGGGAUGCAGGCGGUGAACGGGACUAGAAUAGGAUAUAAUAACUAUUAUUACGGACAACUGCAUUUGCAGGGCCCCAAUGGCCCUGCGUGCUGCGGCGCUAUCCCAACCCUCGGCUCGCAACAGUGCCCAUGUAUUCCAACAGGUUAUGACAGCACGGGCUCCGUGCUCAUCUCUCCCGUCCCGCACCAGAUGAUGUCCUAUAUGAACGUGGGCACCUUGUCUCGGACCGAGCUCCAGCUCUUGAACCAGCUCCACUGCCGACGUAAGCGGAGACACCGGACCAUCUUCACCGACGAGCAGCUUGAAGCUCUGGAAACCCUUUUUCAGGAGACCAAGUACCCUGACGUCGGCACACGGGAACAGCUCGCGCGGAAAGUGCAUCUACGGGAGGAGAAGGUCGAGGUGUGGUUCAAAAACAGACGAGCGAAAUGGAGAAGGCAGAAAAGGUCGUCCUCGGAAGAAUCUGAAAACUCACAGAAAUGGAACAAAUCGACGAAAAUACCCACAGAGAAAACCGAGGAAAGCAAAAGCGACGUGGAUUCUGACAGCUGA